UGACAGCCUACAUCAGGUGUUUGACACAAUAAGUUUGGUGGUGAUUUCAUGAAGAUUUGCAAGUACAAAGAAAUUGGAAACACUUUGUGUAAUAAGUCAUUAAAAUGGAAAUAAAAGAUGAAAAACAAUUGUUACAAUGCUACAACAGAGGAUGUGGUCAGCAGUAUGAUCCUUUAAACAAUAAGGAAGAUUCCUGCCGUCAUCACCCAGGAUCUCCUUUCUUUCAUGAUGCAUACAAGGGAUGGUCCUGUUGUAGCAAGAAGUGUACCGAUUUUACAGAGUUUUUAAAUAUUAAAGGUUGUACUUUGAGUAGACAUUCAAACAUUAAACCCCCGGAACCUGAGAAGCCUGUAAAAAAUAAUGUCAAUAGUAAUGAAGUUAUAGAAGUAAAGCCUGUUGUAACUCCAAAGUUACAAAGGCCUCCAUUUGAAUCACACUUGAGUAUUGUAGUUCCGGAAAUUUCACCAUCUUUUAAACAACAAUUAAAAAUAAAUAAGGGUAAAUCUACAGUUGUGACUGAAACAGAAAAAUUUGAAGGAAUCUUAGUAGGAACCAAUUGUAAAAAUGGAGGUUGUAGUGCCACAUAUGAGGGACCUUCAACGGAUGAAACAGUUUGCAUUUUUCAUUCUGGAGUGCCUAUAUUCCAUGAAGGAAUGAAGUACUGGUCUUGUUGUCAGCGAAAAACUAGUGACUUUACUGCUUUCUUGAGCCAAGAAGGCUGUGAAAGAGGAAACCAUAAAUGGAUAAAAGAAUCGGACAAGGAUCCAAAAUGUGUAAACUGUAGAUGGGAUUGGCAUCAAACAGGAUCUCAUGUAAUUGUUACCAUUUAUGCCAAGGAUUAUUGCCCUGAUGAAAGUUUUGUAAAACUGAACCCAAUUAGGUUACAGGCUUCCCUUGUGUUUCCUUCUCAAAAUAGUGCAUCUUUUAAUAUCGAUUUAGAACUCAGAGGUGUAAUAAAAGUUGAUGAAAGUACAGUGUCAAUGUAUGGUACCAAAGUUGAAAUAAAACUUAAAAAGGCAGAGCCAGGGUUAUGGAGUAAAUUGGACUUUGCAAAAAAGGAGUUGCCAGAAAGUGUUGAUGAGAAAGAUGACAAAAAAAAUGAAGAUAAAAUAGUUAGUCAAAUAGAUGCUGUAAAUUUGGAAGACAUUUAAAAUAUAAUUUUCUUAAUGUAAGUAUAAUAAAGCAUAACUGCCUACA